CAGUUAUCGUUCAGUUUCGUGUGGCGAAUCGGGGCGCCCGCCGCCGGCCUCCAAGCGGAGCAUCAGGCGGCCCGGCGCGCCGACCCGAAGGCCCCGCGGGAAGGAACAGCCCUUCAUCCCCAGACUCCACGGACGUCGAGAGGUCACCCGCACCCAACACCCGCGUCCGAACCGCGAGAUGGAAAUUAUAUGACAGAAUAUUUGGGUAACAUCUUCCUGAAAGAUCUUCAAGGACUACAGAAGACAAAAACACUAAUGCAUUUGAGAAAGUGGUAAAGUUGGGGGGGAGGGGAAGAACCCUGCUUUCCUGGUUUGCAACUUGCCUGGAUGCUAAGAUGUCGGUGGACAUGAAUAGCCAGGGGUCUGACAGUAAUGAAGAGGACUAUGACCCAAAUUGUGAAGAAGAGGAAGAGGACGAGGACCCUGGGGACAUCGAGGACUAUUACGUGGGCGUAGCCAGCGAUGUGGAGCAGCAGGGGGCCGAUGCCUUUGAUCCUGAGGAGUACCAGUUCACCUGCUUGACCUACAAGGAGUCCGAGGGUGCUCUCAAUGAGCACAUGACCAGCUUAGCCUCUGUCCUGAAGGUGUCUCAUUCAGUUGCUAAACUUAUAUUAGUUAAUUUCCACUGGCAAGUUGCAGAGAUAUUGGACAGAUACAAGUCUAACUCUGCUCAGCUGCUUGUUGAAGCUCGAGUUCAGCCCAGUCCAUCGAAACAUGUCCCCGCAGCCCAUCCCCCUCACCACUGCGCAGUGUGCAUGCAGUUUGUGCGGAAGGAACACCUCCUCUCUCUGGCCUGUCAGCACCAGUUUUGCCGCAGCUGCUGGGAGCAGCACUGCUCAGUGCUUGUCAGAGACGGCGUGGGUGUGGGAGUCUCUUGCAUGGCUCAGGACUGCCCACUUCGAACACCAGAGGACUUUGUAUUUCCAUUAUUGCCCAACGAAGAACUAAGAGACAAAUACAGGCGCUACCUCUUCAGGGACUAUGUGGAGAGUCAUUACCAGCUCCAGCUGUGCCCCGGUGCAGACUGCCCCAUGGUCAUCCAGGUACAAGAGCCCAGAGCUCGCCGCGUCCAGUGCAGUCGGUGCAGCGAGGUCUUCUGUUUCAAGUGUCGUCAGAUGUAUCACGCCCCCACAGACUGCGCCACCAUCCGGAAAUGGCUCACGAAGUGUGCAGACGACUCUGAGACGGCCAACUACAUUAGUGCUCACACGAAAGACUGUCCCAAGUGCAACAUCUGCAUCGAGAAGAACGGAGGCUGCAACCACAUGCAAUGCUCCAAGUGCAAACACGACUUCUGCUGGAUGUGCCUCGGGGAUUGGAAGACCCACGGCAGCGAGUACUACGAGUGCAGCCGGUACAAGGAAAACCCCGACAUCGUCAACCAGAGCCAGCAGGCCCAGGCCAGGGAGGCCCUCAAGAAGUACCUGUUCUACUUCGAGAGGUGGGAAAACCACAACAAGAGCCUGCAGCUGGAGGCACAGACGUACCAGCGGAUCCACGAGAAGAUCCAGGAGCGGGUCAUGAACAACCUGGGGACGUGGAUCGACUGGCAGUACCUGCAGAACGCUGCCAAGCUCUUGGCCAAGUGUCGCUACACCCUGCAGUACACGUACCCGUAUGCGUACUACAUGGAGUCUGGACCCAGGAAGAAGCUGUUUGAAUACCAGCAGGCUCAACUGGAGGCUGAGAUCGAAAACCUGUCCUGGAAAGUGGAGCGCGCGGACAGCUAUGACAGGGGGGACUUAGAAAACCAGAUGCACAUAGCAGAGCAGCGGAGGCGGACCCUGCUGAAGGAUUUCCACGACACCUAGGCUGCCCUCGGCGAGCGCGAGGGAGGAAGAGGUGGCUGGCGCGCACCCGGCUGCUGUUCUGCAUGCUGCGGGCUCUGCCUCUCACGACCCCAGGCAGCAGCCAGGCCUGCUCCUGAGAGACCCUGGCACACACCUCAGUCCACUUCUGUUCUGUCUCAUCUUCCUUUUUGUUUCUCCUGCGGUCGAGGCCCUGUUGAAUCGGCCUCUUCAGGAUUUGUAAUUCCCCCUGGACGGUUGUUGGGAGGGAGGGAACGUUUUUUUGAAUGACUAUUAAUAGUAUUAGCUCAUUACAACUUAGGUGAUUUUCAAAGGUUGGGAAAAUGUACCAAAAAAAAGCAAGAAAAAGGAAACCAACCAUAGAAUUACACAGAACCUUUUAAAAAAAAUAAAUUGGCAUUGGAGUGUUCGCCCUCUAGCUAUUGUCCUUAGAACGCAGCGUGCUGCCUGCCCACCCGGCCUCUGAAUGUGCACUGUAGGCCAGUGUGGCCUCUGCUUCCCGAUUCGCUUGGUGUUUGGGGUCCCAAGAGAGGAGCCGGGGUGGCAGGUGGGGACUGGAGUUCGCCUGUGCAACGGGCUGCUCCUGUAGACCUUCAGUCAGGGGCCCUGCCUGACCCUACAGUGCGCAGACAGCACAGGGCAGGGCUUGCCCCGGCGCCUGACCGUCCAGAGUGGCGCUGCCUGUGGGCUCAUCUUGAUUCUUGAAGGUGAGGCUCACCCGGUCUGGCUCCCGAGGCCAGAGCCCACCGCGGAGCACAGACGGUGGUCUUGUGGCCUCCAGACCAGGGACAGGAGUGGAGCACAGUGUUCCCUUUUGCCUCCUACAGGUAGAGACCCACUUUCAAAGGGGAUUGUUCCCCAGAAUAACUGUUCCAUUUGGUCCCUCCUUUUGUGGCAGUGUUCAGGUGGUAACUGACCAAGUGCUCACGCAGGGUCCCUGGCACUGUCCUGCCCGCUCCUCUGGCGAACCUCGGGUCGGAGUGCAGCGCGGCCCUUGCGAGGGCACCAGUCGUCCUGGCUCCGGGGCCUUGUUUGCGCGGGUGGUUUUCCUGUUACCUGGAGUGUCCGCAGCUCUGGGGCUUGGGCGCUCUCCCCUCGCCUGACUUCAGGUGUCGGAGGGCUCCACCGCCAGGGCCUGGGAGUCUGAGACCAGGAGAGCCCUUAGUCUGUGGUCCCGGCUCCUGUAAAGGAGGGGCUGGCCAGGGAGAGGGCCAGGGCUUGCACCAAAGGAGCAGGUGGUUCGUUUGCGUGGUGUCCUGAGCCUGGUCCUGUGGGCCUCUGGAAAGUUAAAUCUGGUCUGGGGUUUCUGUGGCUGCGUGGUGCCUGCACGCUGAGGCUGCCAGAGCUGUCUGUGCUCGACCUCCUUGACCUCCCGGGAGACAUAUAAAUACUGUGGUGGAAAUUCUUUGAUAUUCAAACAUUUUCACCUCAGCAGUUUCCCAGGUACCAUGGUUGUAAACUGCGUUACUCUUGGAGACAGGACAGCUUGGCUCUUGGGGUCCCGGGUACACAGCUGGGUGCGGGUUCCCUUUCUCUCCGCUGGGGUUUUGUCUGCUCCUGUUCUCUCUUGCAAGGGGCGGACUGUGGUUGGAGGGAGAACAGUUAGUGUAGCCAGUGAGCCCAGGAUCGGAUGGGGCGCUCCCUGAGCCAGGAGAGCCUGUGGGGCCUGGUGGGGUGUGAGCGCUGCGCUGGCACGCGGAUGGUCCUGCUUACCUCCUGUCUUGCUGUGUCGCCGGCGUGGCCCAGGAGCCGAGCUGCAGCUCUCGCCACGGUCGCACCCUGGGCGCCCUGCAUGCUGUGGACUGCACAGCCGCCGUGUGCCCGCACCUGGAUCCAGCUGCAGCCCAGCCUCGGGCGCUGUGAGGCUCGGUGCCUGACCACAGCCUGCGGGGCUGGCCCGGGAGCUUCCCUCUGCCCCGAGGCUGUCCCUGGGGAGGCCUGGCCGAGCUUUCCUGCCCCGAGAGGGUAGGAGAUGAAGAAGGCACUGUGUUCUCAUGAAUUUGCCGUAUAUCUUUGUUUUCUUCAAAGAAAAAGUUGAGGUCAUGUCAUCUGCUCAAAGUUGAGUAGUUUAUUCAAAAUAAAUUGAAAGUUUCUGAUUAUAAAA